UGGUACAACACUAGUAUAAAGGUAAUCGGAGUAUCAGCUUCCAUAAUUCAGUCUAGCAUUGUUAUUUUUAUUGGAUUUUCGUUGGCGCUAAUUUGAUGGAGCUUAUAACUAACUAAACCAAUGGGCGGUAUAAGUUAAGCGUAAAGUUAAAUCUAAGAAGGUCGGCAGCGGUCAUUGGAUGGCUAUGUAUUACUACGCGAGCAAGCUGAAUGAAGCGUCAUGUAGCGGGUGUAAUAUAAAGGUGCCCCCGGCGCCAACGGAGACUGCGCCUUCGCCGCCGACGGAGCACCGACAGCUGUCUGCAGAAUCGACUUUACUUGGUUCUGGACUAUCGUAUUAUGAUAAUGACGACUACUACUCUAUGGUGAGGGGCAACAAGUUUAUGUCAGAGAGCGGUGUGAAACAUCUCAUGAUGAACGGUGGGAUAAAUUUCGUCGCGGCUCAGAAGGUCGAUCCUCCUCAGCUACCGUCCCUCCCAGCGAAGAGUAUAUCCCUGCCAUAUGUGAACAUGGAGAAACCGGACGUGGAAUACAAGGACGGGCAAAUAAUAAGCGCCAGUAUUGACGCGCUGGUGGAUCUGCUGCGGCCUGGAGCAAGCAAGUCCUUCGUGUUCACGUUCCUGCUGUGCUCGCGGCUGUUUGUCAAGCCGCAUGAGCUGCUCGGCAAGCUGUGCAAGCGCUACUUCAGGAGUUACGAUAAAGUGGGCAAAUCGGAGAUGAAAGAAUCUGCUGAGAAGGAAGUCCAGGACAUGGUCUCGUUGGUGCGUGUAGUGGAUCAGUGGACCACCAUGUUCCCAUACGACUUCCGGGAUGACCGUGUUAUGGCUCUCCUGAAGAGUAUCACUCAGAGGUGCGCAGCGGAGCACAUGUCGUCAGUGCGCGAAGAUGUGUCAAGCAUGCUUGAGCGAUUGCUUGACAAGCUGACGGCCCUGGAACAUUACGAGGAGUCGCUGGCUGAUGUGCCCCAAGUCACCAGCACUGAUUGCUUGCAACCGGGCGACAUCCUAACCCUAGGUCUCACACCAGUCGAGCUAGCUAACCAGCUGACGAUAGUGGAACUGCACCGUCUCUCGUUCCUGGGCCCGGAAGAGUUCGUCCAGACGUUCGCGCCAGUGCAGGCUUCAACCUCCGGCAAGGGGAUAACCCUGCACCAUGUGGAAACCAAGAGUACCAAGAACCUGGAGGCGUACGCGGAGUGGUUCAACAGAUUGAGCUACCUGGUUGCUACUGAUAUCCUAAAGCCGGUGAAGAGCAAGUACCGCGCCCGCGUGAUCGAGCAGUGGGUGAUGACAGCGCGCGAGUGCUUCAACCUGGGCAACUUCAACUCGCUGAUGGCCAUCAUCAGCGCGCUCAACAUGUCGCCCGUCACGCGGAUGAAGAAAACGUGGAGUCGCACGUCGGCGGUGUGCGGCCAGCAACUGCGCCAGCUCGAACUGUGCGUCGAACCGAGCGGAAACCACGCUAGAUACAGGGCAGCGUUGGCAGCCGCUCCAACUGAGACCGCAGUGCCUCUGCUGUCGGUGACUUGCCGCGAUUUGCACUUCGUCAACCAGAGCUCGCCGACCAAGCUAUCCGGCAAUCGCGUGAACUUCAGCAAGUGCACGGCGCUCGCGCGGCACGUGAGCGGCGCGCUGGCCGCGCGGCGGCUCUGCGGCGAGGGGCCCGCGCCGCCGCCGCCGCCGCCGCCGCACCCGCCCGCGUGGCGCUUCCUCACCGAGCGCCCCACGCUCACUGAGCUCGGUUUGGAGCUGACCUCGUUCGACCGCGAGCCGCCCACUGACCAGGUCGAGAAGGAGCGACUCAAGCGUUUGCGUGGAGGGACAUAAAAUUAGCCGAUAUUUUGCGUCUCGGAGGCGUUCAGCCAAUUGCUACUGAAUCACCUCCCAUAGACGACAAUAGACCAGUGCACGUGAGCUUAAUGCCAUAGACUGUUUUGUGACGGACAAAAUACACCCGGAUGUACCAUAGACUAUAGUGACCAUGGUCGUAGUUUACAUAGACAAUUGGAACUCGAGUCAGUUUAAUCAUAGAAUGUAUUCUUUAGUAAUGCCAAACGGUUUAACGGCCCUAUCUAGUACCAGAAAGCUUGACAUUUAGCAAAUAACGUCUAAAAAAUUUUGAAAACGAAUAUGAAAGUACAAAAAAUUCAUAGUAUUGCUAACGGUUCUUUUAUGACUUCACUGACUAUACGCAAAUAUCGUUUAUUCACUAGUUUCUCAUAAAGAGUACUGCUAGGUUAAAUAUAUUAUUGAAUUAUCCAUCAUUAUCAUGUGGAUAAUGCGUUGAAAUAAAACGUAUUCUUAUAGCGUAUAAGACGGUAAUUUAUUGCCAAAAUUAUAUUUAACAUUAACAUAAAUAAAGUAUUUACACAUUCUCGUCGAGUGGAUAUCACGUAUUUAUGUAUAUUCGAUGUUAUUAUAUUUAAAAUUCUUUACCUCGAAGACUAUAAACCUGUCAGUAUUAUUGACACAGAUACUUACCUAGAUAUACAUUCAUAUUAUUAACUUUUAAUCAGCGUUUAAGGCUGGACCUUUUUUUUUUUUAAAUUCCAUCGACAUUAAUGUUCGUUUUUGUUUGAUAGUUUUAAAAUGUGUCUAUUAGACGUAUUUAUUUAAAUAUAAACUCAGGAUAUUUUGUAUUGGUGAUAUACAUUCAUUAUCAUCAUCAUCAGGCCAUAAUCCAUCUAGGUGGCCAAGUACGGCUUGGUCGAGACAUGAAUGUAUACCACAUUAACUUAACGCCUUGUCCUUUAGAACUAAUCACAAGAUCGACAGUAUAUGAAUGUACCUAUGUAUUUAAUCGUUUACUAAUUAAAAUAAAUUGUGAUCUUACAUAUUUUUAGAUGUACGAGAACAUGUUUUACAGUACAUACGUUAUUUUACACAUGUAUACACGUAGGCAAAUGGUAGAAAGAACCUUCUGGAAGUAUUUCCAGCUCUAUGUUACAUUCGACAUGGACAUUUAAAAAAGUCGCGUGAAAUUGUGAAACACGUUCUCUUAACUUGAACUGCGAAAUUUUAAAGUGUUUUUUUUUGUGUUUAAAUUUUAAUAUCGUACAAGGUAAUACGUAGUCAUAAGAUAUGAUAGCAAUUCCUCCGUGUAGUAGGUGUGGGGGGCGUAGUAUCGAAAAUUGCCUAUUUAUAGACCAUCUGUGUUUCCCAAAUACUUAUUGCUGUUAUUAAGAGUUUCAAAGUAUCAACCACAUUUACACAUGUUCAUAUACCUUAGAGUAUGGUCGAGUAGGAUAUACUUUGUGUACAUAAGAAGGUAUUAGUCCGAGAGUUGACGUGUUUCAACUGUACUGUAGUUGUUAAUUAUAAUGUUAGUUUAUGGUAUCUGACUCUUAGACUACAGUGUUGAUUUCGCAGUCAAGUUGUAUAUUAAGUAUAAGAGUAAAUGAACGUAAUACGUUCGCGUUGAAUGGAAUUUGAAUUAGACGUUUAACAUAUACGUAAGUAUUGUGCAAGUCCAGGCGGAUCGGAGAGAAAUAAGUAGGCAUAUUUAUUAACCCAGUGAAAUGUAUUUUAUAGAAUAACGGUGCGUCUGGACGGGAUUGAAGGACUUUCCAUAAAACAUAAUUACAAUAGUAGCGUACGUUAGGAUAAUAAUUAGUAUUACUCGUUGUCUCUUGGUCUAGCUCCGAAAGUUCUCGAGAACUAAUGUGAACAAAUACGAGGUUUGAAACCGUUAUAGUGACCUAUAGACCAGGGAGUUUAAUAAGUAAUGAUUUCUCCAUGAAUUGCAUGUAAAAUGUUGAAUUAGCUGUCUUAACUCACAGAAGACACAGAGAGAGAAAGAGAGAGAGAGAGAUGUGUAGAUAGAGAAGGAAUAUGAUUCUGGGAUUUUAUGGAAAGUCCGCUUAAUAAUGAGGCCAUUGUAAUAUCGAGUUCCUCAUAGCAGUAUUUUAUCAGAUUGCCAUUUUAUGAAUCUCUAAAUGGCGUUGCAGCUGAUUUUCGACUUUAAAUUUCCCCUGAUAUAACAAGUAGCCUCGUGGUAUAUAUUCUACUGAGUCCAAUCUAUUCUUAACAAAAUCUAACAUUGAAAAUUAAAAAGAAAUUUAAAGAGCAAUCAGCUGUAAUUCCUACAAAGAUCUCAUUUUAUUCUACUCCAGUUUGUGUGUUAUUGAGUUCAGUGUGCUUUGCGUGUAUCUCAUUCCUCAAAGUUUUGUAUACGUACGUGUAGGUACCUGCUUUGUGUGUGUAGAAUGUCGAAUCUCACGUCUCGAUGUAGCUUCUCAGGUUUCGAAGUUAGUAUUACAGUAUUAAAUUGAGACUUAUGAAGUCUAACAUAUAGUUUGUAGAUUAUAACAUAACAUUAUGUCGAAGUGUGUUGAGAGAAGAUUAUUUAGUAAGAGAGGUUUACUUAUACCCGAAGGUCUCUUAGCGAAUAUUUUUAACCGUUAUACUCACGAAAUGUUACGUUAUACACUGUAAAAUAUAAUAUUCCAAAAGAGUCAUUUAAAAGUAUAUUCGAUUAUUAAAUACGUAUUUAAUAUAAAUAUACAAUCUGAUUAUGAGAUGUUCCUUGAUAUUUUAAAAAAUUAUUAUUUAAUAACAUUAAGUUUAAUAUGGAAUGCCGCCUAACGUGAAAUAGUUUAUUGCCACUACAGUCACUGCCGCUUUGCGUUAUGCAAUACACUUUCGGUGAUAGCAUUUUAAGCUUUUACAUCAUACAUUAAGGGUUAUUUUUCAUUAAUUCGCAUUGUUUUAUACAAUGUCAUAAGAACUGAAUAUAUCUAUACUCGAUUUCACACAAACUUUUGUUGUAAUCGUUGAUGAAGUAUAUGAAAUUGUCUUAUUUAGGUAACAAUAAAAUUAAUAGAAUGUUAUUAAGUUUUGAAACAACUCUGAGUGUUCAGUUACGAAUAUUGGAUGCUUUAUUUUUGUUUUCUUUUUUUUAUUUUUAGUAUUUUAAUUGCUAUAAGCACCCUCAUCCCCACCAAGUUACUUUAAGUACUUUUUAUAUAUUUUAUACAUACAAGAGAUACUUAAAUAUUGUCUCGUUUUGCCACUUAUUUUUAGGGUUUCUUUUUUAUUAUAAGUUUUUUCUUUUUGUUCUCUCUAAUGUUUGUUUAAGGGUGAAUAGUUUUUAUUUAUAUUUUGUUUAGUUUUUAAGUAUCGCACUCCCGCUGGGACCGACUUUUAGUGAUCUUAUUUGCAGCUCAACUAAUUAUACAACUAAUUUAUGCAAUCGAUAAUUGUUUUACAAUAGAUUUUCUCGGUUACUUCUAAGUUUAAUUUUGCAUUCCAACAUGAGACUGAAUUGAAGAGGCAGUUACUCUUAUUUAUUGUUUAACUAAAAAUUAUAUAAAGGUUCUCGUAAUAUUGCUUUUCGCAUUGGUUCUAGGGAUGGGAAUGGUAUGGUUUGGGCUAAUUAUAAUGAGGCUGUUUCGCUUCAGAAUGUACUUAAUAAUAACGAAAGUAGUAUAUAAAAUUAUAGUAUAAACUAUGAUCUCUGGGAUCAGGUACAGUUAUAAAGAGUAAUUGCAACAAAGUGUUGUGAUAUUUAUGUGGGUUAGUUAUUAAAGUUUUUGCCAUACAAAUUCAGUAUUGAUAGGUGUAAUUCUAAAACAAGCUUCGCUCACCCACGUGUGAUUCGUUGGUACUUAAUUUUUUUUUAAACAUUCCUUUUUUUAUGAUUUUAAGUAUAGAGGAGAUAUAUUGUUUGUGUUUUUCGAAAUGUUUAACGUACAGUUUUCAUUUUAAACUGAUGGGGUACAUAUAUACAAAUAGUGAAGGAUAGCGUCGGUAAGUAUUUAGUCGUAAAGUAUAUUAACACUAAAUUGAAUAAGGAAAUUUUAUCAAAAAAAUAAUUUUACGUGUUCCUUGAGUCUGGGGAUUUUAUCGAAGUAAAUAUUCACAUUAUACAGAAUUUUAUCUCGUCUCGUUAUUGAAAUAUCUCCUACACUGUGUUUACAAAUAGAUGUGGAUUAUAGAAUUUACUAAAUGUUCUAUAUAGGUACUUACAUAGUUUUAUUGACUGUAUUCAAACUUAUUUACACUCUCCUUUUACGUGUUUUAUACUUUAUUGAAUGUUUGUAUAGAGUUCACUGGUUAACUAAGAUGGAUGAAGUGGGCUGUACCAUGUUACAAAGGACUAACUGCAAUAUCAUGUUUAAAAGACGGAAAUUUUUGCGAUUGAUCCAUCUUAGUAAGUGUACACGAAAAAAUGUUAACGUAACAAGUAUUCUUUGAAGAAGAUUAUCUCUUAUUGAAUCUUGAAUUAUAUAAUACUCUCAGUAUAUGGACUUAUAUCGGUGUUGAAGAUGUAUUAAACCUAUUAUGAUUGUGUAAAGUUAUAUUGUGUCAGUGUGGCUACACAUUUAAAAAGUAUUAUAUCUAUGGGAUUCAAUAAAUUGU